AUGAUGAAAUAUUCAACAUCACCUACACCUUCUACUUCGAGCUACCCCAGAAGUACCUCACCACUACCAGCUCCAGCCAAUUAUCAGCCCACAACAGCCAGUGCUGCUGUAAAACGAUACAAAUAUCUUAGACGUCUAUUCAAAUUCAACCAAAUGGACUUUGAAUUUGCAGCUUGGCAAAUGGUAUACCUGUUUGUAUCACCACAGAAAGUGUUUAGGAACUUUAACUAUAGGAAACAUACAAAAUCACAAUUUGCAAGAGAUGACCCAGCUUUUUUAGUCCUAUUAAGUGUAUGGUUAUUCUUGUCUUCUGUGUGCUUCGCCUUAGCUAUGAGCUUGAACUGGACACAAAUAACUCUAUUUGUUCUUUUUGUGGUAUUUGUCGACUUUAUUGGAGCUGGCAUCAUCGUUUCAACAAUUUUUUGGUAUAUAAGUAAUAAAUACUUAGCUGUAGACGGAGCAGUAGGUGACGUGGAGUGGGGCUAUGCUUUUGAUAUCCACAUCAAUGCUUUCUUCCCGCCUUUGUCUUUACUACACUUCUUUCAAAUACUAUUAUUCAAUAAUCUACCAGUCCUGUCGUGCCUGGUGGCCAACACAUUCUGGCUGGCAUCCACCAUAUAUUACAUGUACAUCACAUUCUUAGGAUAUAGCAAUUUGCCAAUGAUCAAAAACGCAAGAGUGUUUCUACUUCCAGUGCCAGGUCUGAUCCUCUUAUACAUUGGCACAGUAAUAGCGGACUUCAAUCUAAGCAGUAUGCUGAUGGACUUCUAUAAAUACAGAAUACUA